UUCCCGAACGUGUUUGGGUGCAUAGACUGCACACAUGUCCGCAUCAGAGCACCAACACAUAACGAAGCAGAUUUCGUAAAUCGAAAAGGGUUCCAUUCAGUGAACGUUCAGAUGGUAUGCGAUGCUCGUUUCAUCAUCAUGGAUGUCGUAGCCAAGUGGCCCGGGAGCGUACACGACAGCCGUAUAUUUAGGGAAAGCAGAUUAUGUGCACAGUUGGAGAAUGGAAUGGAUGGAGUGUUGCUAGGAGAUAGUGGCUAUGCAUGUAAGAAGUACUUGAUGACGCCAUACCUGAACCCCCAGACUCAGACACAGGAGAGAUUUAACAGAUCACUCUGUAAAACUAGAGUCAUCAUCGAGCAAACGUUUGGUGUUUUAAAGAGGAGGUUUGCAGUUAUGUCGUACGGGAUAAGGACAUCCGAGAUGAAGGCUUGCAGGACGACAAUGGCGUGUGCCAUCCUGCACAACAUCGGGAUUAAGCGGGGAGACUCAUUUGGACGCUUUGUGGUCGAGUCCGACAAUCACCCAGAUGCACCGAACCAACCGGUUGAUGUUGCAGGGAAUGCCUUUAGGGACUUUGUCAGCACGACAUAUUUUUUGUAAAGUGUACUGAAUCAG